UGGCGGGGCGCUAGGGCAGGACGUGUGCGGGAGUGAUGGCGGCGCCGGGGCGAGUGUAGCAGCUGCAGCGAUGGGCCGGGCGGCGCUGGCGCUGGUGCUGCUCCUGGCGGCGGGCGGCGCGGCGAGCUACACGCGCCAGUGGGCCGUGCAGGUGCGGGGCCCGCCCUCGCUGGCCGACACGCUGGCGCGCAGGCACGGCUUCGUCAACCUCGGCCAGGUUUUCGAGGACGUGUACCACUUCGAGCACAGCGGAGUUGCCAAGCGGUCUGCCUCACCCAGCCACGAGCACCACGGCAGACUGCUCUCCGAGAAGCAGGUAGGGCUGCAUUGCUGCUCACAGUGUGGAGUGGUAAUAUUCCCUCUGCAGCGCGGCGAGUCUCGCGUAGCGCGGCAGGAUGCAACCCGAGCGCGCACGCGUGAGCCAGCUUGCACGGCGGCCGGACGGAUGCAUGCGCGGCGCGACAGCAGGGACGGCCGGCGACGGCUAUCUCGCGGCACGUACCACAUAGAGCACAGCGGCGUCGCCAAGCGGUCUGCCUCACCCAGCCACGAGCACCACGGCAGACUGCUCUCCGAGAAGCAGUACCACAUAGAGCACAGCGGCGUCGCCAAGCGGUCUGCCUCACCCAGCCACGAGCACCACGGAAGACUGCUCUCCGAGAAGCAGUACCACAUAGAGCACAGCGGCGUCGCCAAGCGGUCUGCCUCACCCAGCCACGAACACCACGGCAGACUGCUCUCCGAGAAGCAGUACCACAUAGAGCACAGCGGCGUCGCCAAGCGGUCUGCCUCACCCAGCCACGAGCACCACGGCAGACUGCUCUCCGAGAAGCAGGUGGUGUGGGCGAAGCAGCAGAAGGCGCGUGUUCGCACGAAGAGAGACUACCAGCAGCCCAGGCCUCGUGCCUAUCCCUUCAAGCACGACGCUGUUGUGAGGCUCAACGACCCACGAUGGCCGCAGAUGUGGUACCUCAACCGCGGGCCGGGUCUGGACAUGAACGUGCUGCCCGCCUGGGCGCAGGGGGUCACGGGCAAGGGGGUAGUCGUCACCAUCCUGGACGACGGCUUGGAGAAGAACCACCCCGACCUCAUCCAGAACUACGACCCGCAGGCCAGCUACGACGUGAACGGCAACGACGGGGACCCCAUGCCGCGCUACGACCUGCAGGACUCGAACCGCCACGGCACGCGCUGCGCUGGCGAGGUGGCGGCCACGGCCAACAACUCUCUGUGCGUGGUGGGCGUGGCGUUCGGCGCCGGCGUGGGCGGGGUGCGCAUGCUGGACGGAGACGUGACGGACGUGGUGGAGGCUCGCUCGCUGAGCCACAAGCCGCAGCACAUCGACAUCUACAGCGCGUCCUGGGGGCCGGACGACGACGGCAAGACGGUGGACGGGCCGGGCGAGCUGGCCACGCGCGCCUUCAUCGAGGGCGUCACGCGGGGCCGAGCCGGCAAGGGCUCCAUCUUCGUGUGGGCUUCGGGCAACGGCGGCCGAGACCACGACAACUGCAACUGCGACGGCUACACCAACAGCAUCUGGACACUGUCCAUCAGCAGCGCCACGGAGGCAGGGCAGGUGCCGUGGUACUCCGAGGCCUGCAGCUCCACUCUGGCCACCACCUACAGCAGUGGCUCUGCGGGCCAGAAGCAGGUGGUGACCACCGACCUGCACCACCAGUGCACCAGCAGCCACACGGGCACCUCCGCCUCGGCACCACUGGCUGCAGGAAUCUGCGCGCUGGCGCUGCAGGCCAACAGCGAGCUCACGUGGCGAGACAUGCAGCACAUCGUGGUGCGCACCGCCCAGCCGCGCAGCCUGCACGCGCCCGACUGGCAGGUCAACGGUGUCGGCCGCAACGUAAGUCAUUCCUUUGGCUACGGCUUGAUGGACGCCUACGGAAUGGUGAAGCUGGCGCGGACGUGGAAGCGGGUUCCUGAUCAGCAGAAGUGCGAGGUUUCUGCUCCACACUCAGAGAAGUUGAUUCCUGCCAAGAGCCAAGUAAUUUUGCAGCUAAAUGUUAAAGAAUGUGCCGGCGUGAACUUCUUAGAACACGUUCAGGCGAAGGUGACGCUGGUAUCGUCGCGCCGCGGGGACCUGCAGAUCCACCUGACCUCGCCCGCCGGCACCAGGUCCACCCUGCUGGCGCGUCGCCCGCACGACAUGUCGCGCGCCGGCUUCCAGGCGUGGCCCUUCAUGUCCGUGCACACGUGGGGCGAGCAGCCCUUCGGCGUGUGGCAGCUGGAGAUCCACAACGAGGGUCGCAUCCUGGGCACGCUGGCGCGCUGGGACCUGGUGCUGCACGGCACGGAGGCGGCGCCGGGGGCGGCGGGCGGCGGACCGGCCGCCCCCACGAGGCGGCCCGCCCCCGGGGGCAGCACGGCCCCCGAGUGGAGGCCGCCGCCGCAGCCGGGCCAGGCGCGCAACGACGUGCAGCGCACCACCACGGAGGACGACGGUCCCGCCAGCUCGGGCUGCCUCGCGCUGGCCCGGAGCGGCCUCGACUGCAUAGAAUGCGUGGAGGCUCUGUACUUGUUCGAAGGCCGCUGCGUGCUGAUGUGCCCGGAAGGGUCGUACCAAGUGCCCAAAGAGAAGACCUGCGUGCUCUGCCACUACACGUGUGUGACAUGCACGGGCCCCAACGACUACCAGUGCUUGUCGUGCCACGAGGACGCCACACUCUACCACGAGAGCCCGCGUGACAGCUACUGCUACCCUCUGUCACUGCUUCCAAGGAUCGCCAGCACCCGGUGGACCUACCUGGCUGCCAUUUCCUUCAGUCUGACGGCAGUGCUGCUGCUGGCUGUCGGCGUGUACCUGGCAGUGGCCAGGCCUGGUUGCAGUGUGGCGCGCCCCCUGGCUGCUCCUCGAUACAGUAGUGUGAAGGACAACAGUGCUCUCUGCGACAUGUCGAGUAGUGACAGCGAGUAACUGCAGGCUGUCCACAUGUACCUAGCAGUGGCCAGGCCUGGUUGCCGUGUGGCACGCCCCGUGGCUGCUCCUCGCUACAGUAGUGUCCAGGACAACAGUGCGCUCUGCGAAAUGUCGAGUAGUGACAGCGAGUAACUGCAGGCUGUCCACAUGUACCUAGCAGUGGCCAGGCCAGGUUGCCACGUGGCGCGCCCCCUGGCUGCUCCUCGCUACAGUAGUGUCCAGGUCAACAGUGCGCUCUGCGACAUGUCGAGUAGUGACAGCGAGUAACUGCAGGCUGUCCACAAGAACCUAGCAGUGGCCAGGCCAGGUUGCCGUGUGGCACGCCCUCUGGCUGCUCCUCGCUACAGUAGUGUCCAGGACAACAGUGCGCUCUGCGAAAUGUCGAGUAGUGACAGCGAGUAACUGCAGGCUGUCCACAUGUACCUAGCAGUGGCCAGGCCAGGUUGCCACGUGGCGCGCCCCCUGGCUGCUCCUCGCUACAGUAGUGUCCAGGUCAACAGUGCGCUCUGCGACAUGUCCAGCAGUGACGGAUAGUAACUGCAGGCUGUCCACAAGUACCUGGCAGUGGCCAUGCCAGGUUGCCGUGUGGCACGCCCCCUGGCUGCUCCUCGCUACAGAAGUGUCCAGGACAACAGUGCACUCUGCGUCAUGUCGAGCAGUGACGGAUAGUAACUGCAGGCUGUCCACAAGAACCUGGCAGUGGCCAGGCCAGGUUGCUGUGUGGCACGCCCCCUGGCUGCUCCUCGCUACAGUAGUGUCCAGGACAACAGUGCGCUCUGCGACAUGUCGAGCAGUGACGGAUAGUAACUGCAGGCUGUCCACAUGUACCUAGCAGUGGCCAGGCCAGGUUGCCGCGUGGCACGCCCCCCUGGCUGCUCCUCCCUACAGUAGUGUCCAGGACAACAGUGCGCUCUGCGUCAUGUCGAGCAGUGACGGAUAGUAACUGCAGGCUGUCCGCAAGUACCUGGCAGUGGCCAGGCCAGGUUGCCGCGUGGCACGCCCCCUGGUUGCUCCUCGCUACAGUAGUGUCCAGGACAACAGUGCGCUCUGCGACAUGUCGAGCAGUGACGGAUAGUAACUGCAGGCUGUCCACAUGUAUCUAGCAGUGGCCAGGCCAGGUUGCCGCGUGGCACGCCCCCUGGUUGCUCCUCGCUACAGUAGUGUCCAGUACAACAGUGCGCUCUGCGACAUGUCGAGCAGUGACGGAUAGUAACUGCAGGCUGUCCACAUGUACCUAGCAGUGGCCAGGCCAGGUUUCCGCGUGGCACGCCCCCUGGUUGCUCCUCGCUACAGUAGUGUCCAGGACAACAGUGCGCUCUGCGACAUGUCGAGCAGUGACGGAUAGUAACUGCAGGCUGUCCACAUGUACCUAGCAGUGGCCAGGCCAGGUUGCCGCGUGGCACGCCCCCUGGCUGCUCCUCGCUACAGUAGUUUCCAGGACAACAGUGCGCUCUGCGACAUGUCCAGCAGUGACGGAUAGUAACUGCAGGCUGUCCACAUGUACCUAGCAGUGGCCAGGCCAGGUUGCCGCGUGGCACGCCCCCUGGCUGCUCCUCGCUACAGUAGUGUCCAGGACAACAGUGCGCUCUGCGACAUGUCGAGCAGUAACGGAUAGUAACUGCAGGCUGUCCACAUGUACCUAGCAGUGGCCAGGCCAGGUUGCCGCGUGGCACGCCCCGUGGCUGCUCCUCGCUACAGUAGUGUCCAGGACAACAGUGCGCUCUGCGACACGUCGUGCAGUGACGGAUAGUAACUGCAGGCUGUCCACAUGUACCUAGCAGUGGCCAGGCCAGGUUGCCGUGUGGCACGCCCCGUGGCUGCUCCUCGCUACAGUAGUGUCCAGGACAACAGUGCGCUCUGCGACAUGUCGAGCAGUGACGGAUAGUAACUGCAGGCUGUCCACAAGUACCUAGCAGUGGCCAGGCCAGGUUGCCGCGUGGCGCGCCCCCUGGCUGCUCCUCGCUACAGUAGUGUCCAGGACAACAGUGCGCUCUGCAACAUGUCGAGCAGUGACGGAUAGUAACUGCAGGCUGUCCACAUGUACCUAGCAGUGGCCAGGCGAGGUUGCCGCGUGGCACGCCCCCUGGCUGCUCCUCGCUACAGUAGUGUCCAGGACAACAGUGCGCUCUGCGACAUGUCGAGCAGUGACGGAUAGUAACUGCAGGCUGUCCACAUGUACCUAGCAGUGGCCAGGCCAGGUUGCCGUGUGGCACGCCCUCUGGCUGCUCCUCGCUACAGUAGUGUCCAGGACAACAGUGCGCUCUGCGACAUGUCGAGCAGUGACGGAUAGUAACUGCAGGCUGUCCACAAGUACCUAGCAGUGGCCAGGCCAGGUUGCCGCGUGGCGCGCCCCCUGGCUGCUCCUCGCUACAGUAGUGUCCAGGACAACAGUGCGCUCUGCGACAUGUCGAGCAGUGACGGAUAGUAACUGCAGGCUGUCCACAUGUACCUAGCAGUGGCCAGGCCAGGUUGCCGCGUGGCACGCCCCCUGGCUGCUCCUCGCUACAGUAGUGUCCAGGACAACAGUGCGCUCUGCGACAUGUCGAGCAGUGAUGGAUAGUAACUGCAGGCUGUCCACAUGUACCUAGCAGUGGCCAGGCCAGGUUGCCGCGUGGCGCGCCCCCUGGCUGCUCCUCGCUACAGUAGUGUCCAGGACAACAGUGCGCUCUGCGACAUGUCGAGCAGUGACGGAUAGUAACUGCAGGCUGUCCACAUGUACCUAGCAGUGGCCAGGCCAGGUUGCCGCGUGGCACGCCCCCUGGCUGCUCCUCGCUACAGUAGUGUCCAGGACAACAGUGCGCUCUGCGACAUGUCGAGCAGUGACGGAUAGUAACUGCAGGCUGUCCACAUGUACCUAGCAGUGGCCAGGCCAGGUUGCCGCGUGGCGCGCCCCCUGGCUGCUCCUCGCUACAGUAGUGUCCAGGACAACAGUGCGCUCUGCGACAUGUCGAGCAGUGACGGAUAGUAACUGCAGGCUGUCCACAUGUACCUAGCAGUGGCCAGGCCAGGUUGCCGUGUGGCACGCCCUCUGGCUGCUCCUCGCUACAGUAGUGUCCAGGACAACAGUGCGCUCUGCGACAUGUCGAGCAGUGACGGAUAGUAACUGCAGGCUGUCCACAAGUACCUAGCAGUGGCCAGGCCAGGUUGCCGCGUGGCGCGCCCCCUGGCUGCUCCUCGCUACAGUAGUGUCCAGGACAACAGUGCGCUCUGCGACAUGUCGAGCAGUGACGGAUAGUAACUGCAGGCUGUCCACAAGUACCUAGCAGUGGCCAGGCCAGGUUGCCGCGUGGCACGCCCCCUGGCUGCUUCUCGCUACAGUAGUGUCCAGGACAACAGUGCUCUCUGCGACAUGUCGAGCAGUGACGGAUAGUAACUGCAGGUUGUUUACUUGUACCUGGUAAUGGUCAGGUUGGGGUCCUAUAUUAGAGACACUUGUAUUCCUGUCGUAUGCUUGCUCGACUUGAAGGAUGAUAUAGGACCCGAUACCAUUCUUGGCAGAGUUGAUAUGCUGGGGUGAAAGUAUUUUGUAUACGAUUUUACCACUCGUCUACGAGACGAUGUCGUAUUCGUUAGUGUACGAAAAAUAAUUUUAGAUUUUAUUUUUUAACUUAUAGAUUUUUCAUAGAUUCUUUUAAUUUUCGCAUAUUGGCUAGUUGUCGUUUUUGCAUAUUUUUUUAGACCGAUUUGUGUUUUAUUCACAGACACGGUGGAUUUAAUCAUUAAUAUUUUUGCUGCAAAUAAAAUAAUUUUUUUUUAGAUUUCUCCUUUGAAGAUCUGGAACCAAAAUGUUUGUAUAUUACUUAAUAUACAAAUGGUAAUCAAGUUCAAAAUGGAAUUUACCGGACAUUUCAUCAUAUUUCGUGUAUCAAUAUUUUGUAUGUUCACAUGAUGCGGUAUUGGCAUCCCAUCUCAGAGCCUUGCCAACAUAAAAAAUCCUGACUUCGGUCGGGUAUUAAGUGUAAAGUUGGUAACACUGUUUUAACCAUAAAAUUUCGGCAAAACACACCUAAUCCCAGCUGCUGAUUUUCCCGAAAGGGUGAAUAUAUCAUCAAAUAAAGAGGAAAUUAAUAGCAGUUGAGUUUCUUUGAAAAUAAAAAUCUUGUUUACAUCAACAACAUUUAUUCUAAUUUUUAUCAAAAUUAAUAUAAACACCACUAGGAUUAUAUUCCACCAAAAGGCAGCAACACCCACAAUUGUAUCCUUAUAUCCACAAACAACAUAAGCUUCAAUAUCUGUCUUAUUUAAUGCCCAGCUGAGUGCAAAAAUAAGUAAUAGCUUGGUUAAAAACAAUAUUAAAUACCUAGAUUACCGGGCGGAUUACUUAUUCUUAAUAAUGUAAAAGCCUAGGUGCCCAAAACACUGAUAACACCACCAUAUUUACAAAACAUUACGAAGUACCUAGUUAACAAAUUAUCAAAGUCUUUCUACCCUCUUAUGUUUUCUAGUUCUUUUUAUGAAAAUAUCACACCGAACAAAAAAAAUUAUACAACUUCCCUGGCUCAUUACCAAAAUGUGAAAAAAGUUUUUGUAUCACCCAGAACAACAUCGGUCUUUGUCAAUUUACAGCUGCAAAUGACCGCAUCAUCUUGCACACAACUCCCGCGGGGUCAAACAGUUCUGACGAAAGAGUCACAGUCACGUGUCUCAGCACACAAAAGUAAUUGUAACUCCAUUUAAUAUGUUGCUCAUGACAUCUUCGCUGCCGAGAACUAAUAUGGCUCACAAAAAUAAAAAAUAAACAUUAUUUAAUCAAUGCAACUAUGUAAAGGUGCAAGGCGCCUACACGACCAACCCAGUCUCGAGCCCAGUGAACUUGCUGAUCAUUUCCAUCUGAAUGUGGCGCUGCCACGUGGUCAAAUAGGCUGGGACUGUUAUUGUGUCGUGGCUACUCCGGGACAAUCCGCCUUACUAAGUAGCCAGCACUACCACAUUUUACCGCAUUCGGUUUACCAGUCAUUUGCCCCCCAGGAGGUGGGGUGUGGGUUAUGUAAAGUUAUCGCAUAUUUCCGGGCCAAGAUUACCCAUAAGAACUGGAUCCUUUAACAUACUACUUGGCAUGCCAGUAUGCAGCGGUGGGCAGCGGGGCGCGGCAGUAUAGGUCGUAGGUCCAUGCCAACGCAGUGCUGGACAGCCAAUUGAGGACUCGUUUGCCUUGCUUCGUUGUUCCCGGCACGCAUCAAGGCGCUCUCUCGCACCAGCUCCACUCCUUCCGUCGCCACCGACCAGUGGCCGAGUGUCGAUUGUCGUUCGCCAGUUGUCGUUCCUCGUGUAGGUGCUCCCAGCGCUGCUGGUGGCCACCUCGUGCAACAGCAAAUAGGACCACCAGCAGUCUGAGCACCAAGGUCCCUCAUGUGCACACUACACAACUGAUAUCCCUUUUUCUUUCCCACCGGGCUUGCAAAUAAAAACUGCCUUCAAAAUAAAUUAUAAAUAAACUAAGCAUAUUUAAAUUACAAUAGUAGCAUGCGCAGCCAAAAACAAAAUAUUAAAUAGAGCAAAUUUAAGGAAAAUUAGUACCAAAUUAAAACUAAAAAGCAUUUAAACACAGUACCUCUAGAAAUUAAGUAAGGAAGUAAAAUUAAAAAGUCAAACAAAACGAGAGAACAUAUUAAAACCGAUAAAUUAAAGAGACAAAAGUUUAUACCACAACACUGAGCUUUUUCUUAGAAUUUUGUCACUAAUCAUCAUCACCAAAGUGCAAAGAGGCAAGAACAUUAGAUUAAACACAAAUCCAACAAAAAUCUCGCUACAAGAGUAAAAAAAAAACAUUAAUUCUUUCAGAAUAAAAUUACCUACUAUAUUAACAAUAUCACAGUGCUGCAUUACAAAAUAAUCAAGUAUUAAUAGGCAGUAUUCCAAAAUACCCACAACUUCCGUAAAGUUAUCACCACACUAUUCCAUUUUUGUGUUGAAAUAAAUUUUGCAUUCUCAAUAUAGCUUUGCCCUGUUAUUUGCACAAAAAAAUCUAAAAUUAUUUUUUUUUUUUUUUUAAUUACUUAAUAUACAAAAAAAAGUGAUGUCUGACCAUCGAUGUGUAUAUUUUUUUAUAUAUAAUGCAGAGCCAUACUACAAGCAUACAGUUACAUUAAAAGGGAUGUGUAAAUUCAUUCAGAUCUUAACAAAAUAAAUAUAAAACUUAUUAAGUAUAUAAGGCAUUUUAUUAUUUUGGGCCAGUUAAAUUUCCGUCACAACAAAAUGUAACAAAUUCUGCCUAACUGUUACCAGUACAAAGCCCAGUGCAAACAAAAAAAACAAUAAAA